GGUUCUCUGGAUUGAAAAUGAUUACGGAACCUAUCAGAAGCUGUAAGAGAAAAAGGAAUCUAUAUUGGAAGGCAAGAUCUGAAUCUUUCCAACUCCACAGCAGCUCUGAUCCAAAUCUUAACUUACUAGCCCCAGCCCAAUAAAUAGUUUGUUCUUUUCUGCACAAUGUACUAUUGUAAGGCUGCCCAGAACAUGAAGGUAUAACUUUUCACUUAAAAAAAAAAAAUACAAGCCUCCUCAGCAGCUGCAGUUAGCCAUUAUGUGUAUCCUUAAACUGAAAGGGAGCAUCUUCCAGCUGGAGGGUGGUGAAGGCACAAGGUGUGAUUCUUGAGGAUAUCCUGUGCAGGGUUAAGAUUUGGACUUGAUGACCCUUGUAGGUCCCUUCCAACUCAGAAUAUUUUGUGAUUCUGUGAAGAAGUGUUACUUCUGUAGAGCUUGCACUGGUGUCUGCUUCAAAGGUUUUAUUUUUAGCAAAAUUUUAUUGGCUUGAUGUGUAGGGAAAAUAGAGACAACAUAUUAGCAAAAUAAUUCCUAUACCAGUGCAACCUGUCGUUCCACAGAAAGGCCUUCUAAUUAAAGCUCCAGUGCUUUCUUUCCAAGAUAUACAGCUGUGUUUCUUUCCCUUAUGAGCCAUCAAGAGUGAAACAGCCAUCUACAAUCUUUAAAUUAUUAUUCUGAAACAAAAAGAUUUCAGAGAAGGUACGUGAGCCUAGUCUGUAUCCCUGGAAGGUACGGCUACCCCAGGUUGUUGUGCAUGUAGUGGACCCCACCAAGUAAUGGCUUUCUGCCUCUGCUUCUCUUGUUGCAUAGCAAUUCCACAAUCCUCUUCCAGCAAUUGUUAAUUCCUUUCUCGUUUUUUCAUGACCAAUUUAGGCCAAUUUGUUUUCUUGCAAGCAUCAACCUUUACCAAUACAUUAAGAGGGGAAAUAAUGCCUAAAACUAGACAGCAGUCAAAUUUCCCCCUCUGCUCUCAUUUAGACAAGUGAAGUCCUUUUAGUCUUCUGUCAUACUGUGGGUUAGCUAUACCUGUGACCAUCUGGGUUUUAUGACACUGUUUUCUUGAUCCCAAAAUUUAUGGCCAGAAGAAGUAGGUUUUGCAUCUGUCAGAAGUAGCACUGAAGAACCUUUAAGCUGGCCCUUAGGACAUUAACUCCUGUUUGUGAGGCAGGUUGCUUAGACUUGUUCUGUUGCUCUCUACUCUUUCCUUUAGACAGGCCCUCAGCUUCAUUAGAAUAGUACAGACAUAAAGAAAAUGUUAACAGAACAACUGUUACUACAAAUUACUGUGUCCAGACACCGGUAGUUAAAAAAUUCACCUUGCUGCUAUCUACUGCCCUAGCAUUGCUGCUUCUACUGUGUUUAACUCUUGGUCACUUGACAAAAGCAAGUUGCACUUUCCCUCCCUCAGACUGCUGACUUUAAAGAAUUUGCUGUAACUACUCAGUCCCUUGCUGAGUAGUGAGCCCCUUCCCUUUUCACUCAGAGGAAAUUUAUCUCAGUUUUUUGAUGUUCAAAUCUAGAAACCUCUUUAUCAGUCUGUGUAAAGUAAAAACAAGUAAAGAAGCAAAGGAUGAAAAUCUGCUUUUCCUCACUGUAGGUCACUACUGUCAGAUCUUUGCAUCACUGGUGCAGUACAAUGGCAGGGGGGCUGGAUCAUCCUUACAUGGGAACUCUGGCUUUUCACUGCACUCUUGUACAGAAGUGAUGCCAUUGAGCCCAGAAUCCUUUUACUCUUUGCACAACAUAAUUCCAGGGAAACUUUUCCCUCUCCUGUUUAUGAGUAGUGUUUCCUUCUUGGUGCAGUGUGUGGAAUGGUGUCUACAGCAUUAAUGCUUCUCUUCUGCAAUGCAGUGUUUUAUUCAAGAGUUGGAACUGAGGUGGGACAGAGGCAGUAUCUGCUGCUCUCCCCUCUUUUCCACCCUCUGCCUUAGUGUCACUCAGAGAUGGGCUUUGCUGCUGCUCGGGACAUGUCCUGUCUGGGACCAAAAAGUCAGUCAAAGCCAGGGGGAGAGAAAGUAACAAAGCACUGAGUUUGCUAACUCUUUCAUCUGGUGAUCAAUAGUGACUUUUAUCAGGGACCUGCAUCUCUUAAUUUCUCUGAUACCAAAUGCAGUCUGUGAGCUUGAGGCAGGCUGUCUGCAUUUCCUCUAUUUAGGAUGCCUUGCGAGUGCCUCUGACCAUAUAAAGUUAAGUGAACCUGUGUCUGGUGAUGUGAUCUAGCCUACAGCAUGUCCCAAGUUCCUGAUCCCUGGGGAUGAGAAAGGACCAUAUGUCUGCACUGUGUCACUUCUGAAUAACUGCAUUGGGGAGGGCUGACAUCCAGCAAUUACAGCUUCAAAAUCAAUACAUGGAGGAUGGCACAGGUUAAAACAGGAGCAGAUGCCUCAGCAUCUAUAACAUACAUGCCACGCAGCAUGUAUGUGUCUGUAUUGGUUAUAUAAUGCACCAAAAACCCAGAUGCUUUAGCAGGCACGAUUCUUCCACAAAUUCUAAUCCUGGAGGGGAGGCAGGACACAGGAAGGAACAAUAUGAUGCUAAUGUGCUUUCCUGUGGGCAUUACAAAAUACAGGGGUUCUUUUGCAGGAGUUUGUAUCUAUGCAAGGAGGAAGGGUUUCAAGGGAGGAACAAGGACUAGGGACCCAGAUUAAAAAGCUUAUUGCGGGAGUGCUAAACAGGAGAUGAAAGUAGACUCACCCGAACUGUGGGACAUAUUUCUCUGUGUCUGCGUUGUGGCCAAGAAGGAGCUGGUACCUAAGAUGCAGAGCAGAGACUGUGCUUGCCACAUCUCCAAGAUGCAGCAAGGCGUGGAGGCACGCAGAAUUUUGUGUUCUAACUUUGAUCAGCAAUGGCCCUUUAAGGCUGAGCAAGGCAUGCAGCAUGGACACUGCCCAGUCCAAACCCAGCAGCCACGUGAACUCUCCCCAGGUGGGCAGUGCCAGGCUGGCACAGCAAAACCUCCCUCCCCUGCCCUGAUGACAGAGGGAAUCUGAUUGAACUUGCUGGCUCCCACUCACUCUGCCCCCAUUUUCCUCAGGACAAAUGAGAAGAACCUGUCUCCAAGUGCAAGAUUUUGGGAAUAUGUGUCAGAGAUGCCUGAAAGUAAAACAUCCAUCUUGCCCUAAUUUCUGCAUGAAGUGCUGCAAUGUCAAGUGAAAUAACCUUCCAAGCUGGCUCUGAUGCAGAGGUAUUUUGGCUUAUGUUAUUCCUGAGAGCUUUCUCUCUGAUGAGCUCUUUCUGCCUCUCUGUGUUUCUGAUGUCUGACUCUCUUCACUCGUUUUUUCCCUUGGGCUGGGAUGUGUGCUGUUUGUAAUGCAUCAAGAAGUAAUACGCGAUGAGGAAACUCUCAUCAUCUGUGCAUCAGGGAGAGAAUUACUGACUGAGUGCUGAGCAGUCAAGUUAUUGAUUCAAACCAAAGCCCAGUCUCUCUGUCUGCUGGGCUGGUUACGUCCUUCUGGUUCAUUGCAUUUAAUCGGAUUCCCUGAGCUGCCACACAGAAGGGGAGAGUUAGAAGCAGAUUCAUCUAUAAUGUUCUCUUCAAAAUCCAGUUCGGUAUCCCCUUCUCCGUCCAUGGAACAGGCAGAUUCAGAUGCUCUGGACAUCAGCACCAAAGUGCAGCUGUAUGGCGUGCUCUGGAAGAGACCCUUUGGGAGGCAGUCAGCCAAAUGGUCCAGGAGGUUCUUCAUAAUUAAGGAAAGUUUUCUGCUUUACUAUGCUGAGAGUGAGAAGAAGAGUUUUGAAAGCAAUAAAUACUUCAAUAUCCACCCCAAGGGUGUCAUACCCCUGGGAGGCUGCAUCGUGGAGCCCAAAGAAGAGGCCAACAUGCCUUAUGCCAUAAAAAUCUCUCAUGAAGACUUCCAUGGUAACAUUGUUCUAGCAGCUGAAUCAGAGUUUGAGCAGGCUCAGUGGCUGGAGAUGCUACAGGAGUCUGGAAAAGUGACAUGGAAGAAUGCCCAGCUGGGAGAAGCUAUGAUUGAGAGCCUGGAAGCCCAAGGACUGCAGCUGGCCAAGGAGAAACAGGAGUAUUUAGAUAAACUAAUGGAGGAAACAGAAGAGCUAUGUCUGCAAAGGGAGCAAAAAGAGGAACUCGAGCGCCUGAACCAGAUGCUGGAAGCAGAGAAGCAGCAGUUUGAAGAGGUGGUGCGGGAGCUGCGGCUGGAGCAGGAGGAGAUCAGACGGGAGCUAGAGCUCACAGCCCGCUCCCUUAAAGGAGUGGAGGAAGAAAAGAAAGAGUUGCGAAGCCUGACGCAGUCCUUACAGAACACCCUGGAGGAGCUCUCCCUGGAAAAGCAGCAAAUGCUGGAGAUGCUGGAAGAAAAUGAGAGCCAGGUCCCACCUCCAACCAGCCCCAGCAAAGAGCAAAGCCCCAUCUGGGGACUGCACUGCAGCCUGCGACAGAUUGAAGAGAAGAUGCAGCAACUUCUGCAGGAGAAACUCCUGGCAGAGAAGAGAAUGAAGGAGAAUGAGGAGCGGUCCCGAGCACUGGAGGAGGAGCGGGAGUUUUACUCUUCCCAGUCACAAGCACUGCAGAACUCACUGUCGGAGCUGACUGCAGAGAAACAGCAGGCAGAGAGAGACCUCAAGGCUGAGGUGAAGGUACGCAUGGAUCUGGAGAAGAGACUGAGAGAAGCUGAGGAAGCAUUGCAGAGCUUGGAGCAAGGCUUAAAUUCUCUGCAUUGCAACAAGGAGAAAGAGGAAAAGAUGAAAGCAGAUGUCAGUAACUUGAGAAAGUUCUUUGAAGAGUGCAUCCGCAAUGCCGAGCUGGAGGCCAAGAUGCCUGUGAUCAUGAAGAACUCCGUGUACAUCCACAAGGCUGCCACUCGUCGCAUAAAGAGCUGCCGCUUCCGCUGCCGGAGAACCAGUACUUCAUGGAAUGACAUGAAGCAGUCCCAGUCCUUCAUCUUCUCGCAUGCUGAAGCUGAAAACAUUGAAGAGCUGAAAGAAGCAGCCAAAAGACUGAGCCGGGACCAGCGCUUCAGGAAAACUAUCUAUCAAAUCAUGAGGUCACAAAAGGAUUCUGCUUCAGGGGACAAAAAGUGACUCUUCUUGGGAGGGGGCUUCUGAGCUCAACUUGCCAUUCAGCUCCGCAAAAGUUAUGCCCUUGGGCACUAGGGUCAGAAGGGAGAUUUGCCCUUUGGUGGGGAAAGUGGGGUAAAGUUGUGUGUAGGCAAUCCCCUCAGUUAGUGGCUUUGCUUUCAUUUGAAUGCUCCUUGUAGCCUGGCAGGCCUUCUCUACUGAUCACUCCAGAUCUGUUUGCUUCAGCUGCUUACAUUAAGGCGUGUUUUGCCAAGAUGCCACAGUCAGUGUUAAAGUAAACCACAGACCAUAGGUUAAGAAAGGCCUCUUCUUUCCUUUCCUAUCUAGUCUGUCUGCCAAACACAAGUGCUUCUGAGAAAGCCCUUUAUCAGCCUAUGUUCCAGCUAGUGUAAUCUCCCCAGCUGGACACAGCUUACCCCUUUCUGCCUGAUCCCCUCUAGGAAAGGGCUCGCUCCAUACCCCCAGUCAAUCAGCACUUCUGUGGGACACAGGCUGAAAACUGCAGCAGUCCCAGCAUCCCAAGCACAGGCAAAAAUAUCAAACACAGGGCAACUUCUUGUCUUGAUGCUACAUAAUUUCAAGCAAACAGCAGCAACACAAGGUGAAGACAACCUGAGGAUGCUGAGGAUUUGGCUCCAAGGAGGAUCAUGUACAGAGAAGAGCUUAUAGGUAACUCAGUGGCAUGGAUGCAAGCUGGAGGGAGGGUUGUGUUGUGUUGACUGUGGGCAGAACAUUCUGGGGCCACCUUUGCAUAUUUUUUGCACUGGGACAUCUAGCUGUGUUGGAACAGAUAUGUGCUGCAAAUGUUAUUUAUAGGCAGCAUCAGUGUAGAGAAGCCCUUGACUCAGUCCUGAUAGUUUCAUCAACACCUCUGUAAAACAAGGUGGAGGGCAGGAAAGUGAGGACUGUCCAGCAACAAAACCCACUACCACUUCAAGAAUUAAAAAUUGUCAGCAGCAAGCUCCUACAGGGCUGUGGAAGUGGGGAAAGUCACCAGAGGAGAAGGGUUGAUGCUGGGUGGAGGAGCAUACUGUGAGGGUGUGAUGCUCCUGAAUGGAGUCACUCUGGUGUGACCAGAGGAAAAGCAUUGAAAGCACAGCCUGUACUUUCCAUGUCAGUCAGUCACUGACCAGUAUCCUUCUGCCAGGCAAUGGGAGGUUUUAAAGAAGGCUGACAUUUUUGUGAUGAUUGAUAAGUGAAGUGGUAGGAGAAGAGAAUUUCCAACCUUCCUUAGCAUACCUGAUCCUUCUGUGUUGUUUCCACUUGUGCUUGCGUGCUAGAAAGCCACAAAUGAAUUCUGGCUCCUACAAGGCUGAAGGGCUGUGAGAAAACAAUACAGAGCUGGUUUUCCCCUUUAUGCUGUUCUCACAUCAUCUCUAGCUAUUUUCCAGUUACAAUAUCUAUAUUAUAUGAUGCUGGUAGGGACAGAAUAAAGGACAGCCAGGGAAUGUAUCUGUAAUUCAGGCAGUUAGGAAAAUCAUCUUGUGGGUUGGAAUGCAGGACCUUUGUUCUAUUACCAUCAAAGCCACAAUAUCAGACCUUACAGAAGUACUGUAUGCAGGAGGUAGCCACAUCAGGUCUUCCUUAACUGUGCAUAUUGACAGCAAUAAAUAAAUAAAAGUUAUGCUGACACUAGAAUGAAUUCCUGUGUGUUCUUGAUACACUGUCACUGAAAUGAUGUUAAAUUGUCUCUGCAGGAGUUCAAAUAAAUUCUGACACAC